AUGCCCAACACUUCUCUACGGCGGCAGCCUCAAAAGGGCUACCGUCGUGGUGGCAAGAACGCCUACCAUGGCGGAUCCAAGACACGAACCUUCGCCGCCUCGGCCAGCAUCGACGAAAACAUGGGCUUCGCCCGAUACGAUGCCGGAAAGAAACGCGAAGGCUGGCUGGUCAACGUACAAGCGACAGCAAUCGACGAUCCCCGAAUCCCAGGCGGCGGCGGCCGCGCGGCACUCGACUGCUACUUCAUCGAAGAGGACGGGUCAACAUUCAAAGCCACUGUCGAAUACGAGCCAUACUUCCUGGUCGCAUGUCGAAAAGGUCACGAAGGCGAGGUGGAGGAAUGGUGCAAGAGAGUGCCCGGUGGCGGCUGCGUCAAGUCCAUCCGGAGGGUCGAGAAGGAAGAUCUCAAGAUGCCCAACCACCUGCUGGGCUAUCGCCGCACAUUCUUGGAGCUGAGGUUUCAUAACGUGCAGGACUUGAUGUCCGCCAAGCGCGAUGUCAUGCCCAUUGCGGAAAAGAACAAAGAGGGCAUGGAUGCAAUGGAUACAUAUGCCGAAGUCGCAUCAGCGAACGGCGGGUUUGAUCUUUUUGAUGACGAUUCACGAAAUGACGAGCGACGACAUAAUGCUGGUUUUGCAGAGGCAAGCGAUUUCAUUGUUGAUAUCCGGGAAUACGACGUCCCAUACCAUGUGAGAGUAAUGAUAGACUUGGACAUACGAGUUGCUAGAUGGUACCAUGUCGAGGCCAAGAAUGGAGUCACGACAAUAAAAGUAAACGAGGAGCGUUUGGCCAUGGCCGACCCUGUCGUGAUGGCGUACGAUAUCGAGACCACCAAGCUGCCACUCAAGUUUCCCGACGCCGCUAUCGACCAAAUUAUGAUGGUCUCAUACAUGAUCGACGGCCAGGGUUUCCUAAUCACGAAUAGAGAAAUUAUCUCCGAAGACAUUUCUGAUUUCGACUAUACACCAAAACCCGAAUAUCAAGGUCCGUUUAUGAUCUUCAACGAACCGGACGAAAAGGCCCUUAUCGAGAGAUUCUUCCUGCACAUCAAGGAGGCCCGGCCGACCGUCAUCGCCACCUACAACGGUGACUUCUUCGAUUGGCCUUUCGUGGAGGCUCGUGCCAGUAUCAAUGGUAUCGACAUGUACCACGAGAUUGGCUGGAAGAAGGAUAGCGAGGAUCAGUACAAGUGCAACUACAGUGUUCACAUGGACUGCUUCCACUGGGUGAAUCGUGACAGUUACCUACCCCAGGGUAGUAGAGGUCUCAAGGCCGUCACUGUUGCCAAGCUUGGAUACGACCCCGACGAACUCGACCCCGAGCUCAUGACGCCGUAUGCGAGCGAGAGGCCGCAAACGCUGGCUGAAUACUCCGUCUCCGAUGCCGUUGCCACAUACUAUCUGUACAUGAAAUAUGUGCAUCCCUUCAUCUUCUCUCUUUGUACCAUCUUGCCUCUAGGUCCAGACGAUACACUAAGAAAGGGAACGGGUACGCUAUGCGAGAUGUUGCUAAUGGUACAGGCUUACCAAAAGGAGAUUGUGUUACCCAACAAACAUGUUCAACCUAAAGAGUCCUUCUGGGAAGGACACCUGUUGGACUCUGAAACCAUCACGGUUGAAGAGAAGAAGGAGUUGAGCGACAUCACCAAUUACGACGAGGUCAAGAAGCAAAUAACGGCCAGGUUGGUGAACCUCAAGGAGACUCCCAAUCGAUUGGAACGGCCUCUCAUCUACCAUCUUGAUGUCGCCUCCAUGUACCCCAACAUCAUGACAACCAACCGAUUACAACCCGAUUCCAUGAUCUCCGAGUCAAAUUGUGCAGCAUGCGACUUCAACCGCCCAGGGAAGACCUGUGACAGAAGACUACCGUGGGCAUGGAGAGGAGAGUACCUGCCAGCCAAGCGCGACGAAUACAACAUGAUUCGCCAUGCCCUUGAGAACGAGAGGUUUCCAGGGAAAUACCCAAACAGCCCGAUGCGGUCAUUCCAAGACCUGAGUGCAGACGAACAAGCAACUCUCAUCCGAAAGAGAUUGCAGCUCUACUCACAAAAGGUGUAUCACAAGAUCCACGAUUCCACCACGAUUGUGAGAGAAGCCAUUAUCUGCCAGCGCGAGAACCCCUUUUACAUCAAUACGGUCCGUGACUUCCGUGACCGUCGAUACGACUACAAGGGCAAGGCGAAGGUGUGGAAGGGCAAGACGGAUGCACUCAAGACCGCGGGGGCAUCCGCGUCCGAGGUCGACAAUGCCAAGAAGAUGAUCAUCUUGUUCGAUUCUCUGCAGCUGGCUCACAAGGUCAUUCUCAACUCUUUCUACGGAUACGUCAUGAGAAAGGGAUCUAGAUGGUACUCGAUGGAGAUGGCCGGUGUCACUUGUUUAACGGGCGCGACCAUUAUUCAGUUGGCGAGACAGCUAAUUGACCGACUGGGUCGUCCACUCGAGCUGGACACUGAUGGUAUCUGGUGCAUGUUGCCGGCAACAUUCCCAGAAAACUUUGUGUUCAAGCUCAAGAACGGCAAGAAGAUGACCAUCUCCUACCCUUGUGUCAUGUUGAACCAUCUGGUCCAUGACAAGUUUACCAACCACCAGUAUCAAGACUUGGUCGAUCCGAAGACCUUCAAGUACGAAACGCACAGCGACAACUCCAUCUUCUUCGAGGUCGAUGGACCGUACAAAUGCAUGGUUCUACCUACCUCGAAGGAAGAAGAUAAGAACUUGAAGAAGAGAUAUGCCGUCUUCAAUGAUGAUGGUAGUCUUGCUGAGCUCAAGGGUUUUGAAGUGAAGCGAAGAGGCGAGUUGAAGCUCAUCAAGAUCUUCCAGCAGCAGAUCUUCAAGUUUUUCCUGGAGGGUACCACCCUGGCGGAAUGCUAUACUGCUGUCGCCAAGGUUGCGAACCGCUGGCUUGAUGUACUCCAUAGCAAGGGUGCAACGCUUGCGGACGAAGAACUCAUGGAACUGAUUUCGGAGAACCGCAGCAUGAGCAAGACGCUGGAGGAAUACGGAAGCCAAAAGUCAACAUCCAUCACUACUGCCAGGCGUCUCGCGGACUUUUUAGGCGAGCAGAUGGUCAAAGACAAGGGCUUGAACUGCAAGUUUAUCAUUUGCGCUCGACCGAAGAAUGCCCCGGUUACCGAACGAGCCGUGCCCGUUGCCAUCUUCUCGGCCGAGGAGGAAACGAAGAGGAUGUAUCUCAAAAAGUGGCUCAAGGAGGAGCCUGCUGAUACCGACCCUCGAGCACUCCUUGACUGGGACUACUACCUCGAACGUCUCGGUUCCGUCAUCCAGAAGCUCAUCACCAUCCCAGCCGCUCUGCAAAAGGUCCGCAACCCGGUACCGCGCGUGCCGCAUCCGGACUGGCUGCAGCGAAGGAUCAAUAUCAAGGAGGAUAAGAUGAAGCAAAAGAAGCUCACCGACUUGUUUGGUCCUACCACCAAAGGCCCCUUGCAAGAUAUUACCCACCAUGCGAACAGCACCCAACUAGGAGAUAUGGAGGACUUUGGAAACUUGCUCAAGCCCAAGACUGUCAGUGAUGCCAUUUCUGCCACGCAGAAAACGGCGUCGGCCCAGAAACGCAAGGAUCCCGAGCCAGCAGCAGCCGAGAAUCUGGACCCGUUCGCGGCGCUUCCUCCGAAGAUGCCGUCGCCCAGUGAGGACUACGCGGCUUUCUUGGAGUACCAGAAGCAAAAGUGGAAGCUCCAAAAGCAGGCACGGGCUCGUAGACGACAUCUGUUCGGUGAAAAGCGCGGCAAUGUCCAGAGCAAUAUCCAGCAGACGUUCCGCAGUCAGGCUGAGAUGACAUUCCGAAACACCUGGCAGCUGCUUCAGCUGAGAGCAUCAGACAGUCCGGGCAUUGUCACCGCUCAUGUGCUGAUUGAUGCCAAGAUCCAUACUCUCAAGAUUAAUGUGCCCCGGCAAGUCUUCUUGAACUUGAAGAGUAGGGAUCUGCCGGAUAUUGAAGUUGAGGGUUGCCAUGUUGAACAGGUCAACCAUACGCUGCCUAAUGGCCAUUCUUCUGUGCAUCUUUUCAAGCUUACGGUGCCGGAGGACAUAUACUUUGCGGAAGCAGAAAAAUUCUCUCUGCUGUUCAACCAUCCCAGCGUGGAAGGCGUGUAUGAGAAACAACUACCGCUCAACAUGCGCGCCCUUCUCCAACUUGGAAAUCUCUGCACAAUUGACGAUAGCCAAGCCGGCGUGCUUGGAAAAGGUCUCGACCAAGGAUUCGACCUGUCCGGGUUGAAGAGGCCACUCAAGCCGAGGGAGUACCUGGGCGGCGCCCGUAUGGCCUACAUCUAUCUGUCCCACAUUAGUGCUGGUGAGCGUCAGAUCUUUGGUCUUUUCUCCACCACCAGCGACCAAGCCCAUGUCAUUAUCCAGCAGAGGACCAAGGAUGGAGGGCAAGACCUGCCCAACAUCAACAAGCUCUAUGCCGACAUGUUGGCCAGAAGGAAUCAGGAGGCUGCCGGGGCGGAUUGGCAAGAGUGCUUCCCGUACCAGGAGAAGCUGAACAUCAAGAUCACCCAAGUCACCACCCGUCGGAAAGCCUUCCUUGAGGUUGGUGAUAUUGUCAAGAAACUGAGAAAGGAAGAGUCUGGACCGACUAUGGUGGUCAUCCAAUCCUCGCAACGCAACCUCCUGGUUCACGAGAUCCCCAUCUUGGGAGAGUUCCCCGUGAUGCCAUUGCGCUACGAUCAAGGAGACAGCUCGCUGCCCCCAUUGGGUUGGCAGAGUGUGGUGGCUCGUCGGUUGGUCAACCACUACCUCAGCCUGGGUUCCUGGAUCACUCAUAUGACGGCUCUUGCUCGGUACGGCGACGUACCGCUAUGCAACCUUGAGCGCGACGAUCCCCGCUUCCUGAUUGACAUCGCCUAUGCUCGCCGGCUCAUGGCCAACAAUGUCGUGCUCUGGUGGUCACCGAGUCCGCGCCCCGAUCAUGCCGGAUACGAGAAAGACGACGUGGUUGGCCCGCUCGAUCAGGUUCAGAUGCCAUCUGUGAACAACCCCGGUACCUAUGCCUCGGUGUGUAUAGAUCUGGAGGUGCGGAACUUGGCCAUCAACACCAUUCUCACUUCUUCGCUCAUCAAUGAGCUGGAAGGUGCGGACAGCAUUUCGUUCAAUCCCGCAGCGGAUUCGAACGGUAAUGGAGACGGCGAAGAGUUUCUCUAUUCGGAGAACGCCUUCGCCAAUGCUGGCGUGCAGGUCCUUCGCGAAAUGGUCAAGUCAUGGUGGGCGGAAGCUUGCAAGGGAUCUACCAUGGCCGACGUGAUGGUCCAGCACUUGGUCCGUUGGGUUGAAUCGCCAGCCUCGUGCCUUUACGACCGUGCUUUGCACUACUACGUCCAGAUGAUGAGCCGCAAGGCGCUCCUCCAGCUCAUGGCCGAUUUCCGCCGCGUGGGAUCACACGUCAUCUUUGCCAGCUCCAACAGACUUCUGCUUCAGACCACCAAGUCCGAGGUGGGCAAUGCUUAUGCCUAUGCCCAGUACAUCCUCAAGAGCAUCAAGGGAAAACCGCUCUUCCACUUUAUCGAUCUUGAAAUCAAGGAGUAUUGGGAUUACCUGGUCUGGUACGACGAGUUCAACUACGGCGGCAAAGCAACACAAGAAGUCCUCGAGCAGGACGAGCAAGACCUGCAGAUGAUCAUGCACUGGCAAAUGGCCACCUUCCUCCCCGUCCGCCUGCAGCCCAUCUUCCGCGACUGGGUCGUCGAGUUCAUCCAGCUCAUGCACGGCAUCAAGCGACCGUCCUUCGGCAGCGACCCUACCGCCACGCCGCGCCUUACGCAACUACCUGUCAACAUGCGGGGAGGUGAGGACGGUGCCGUCGGGCAGAUCAUCCUCGGCAAAGCUUUUGAAAAGCCGCUCAAGAAGGAAAUUGCCAACCUCAUCAACACCCAAAAUCGCGAGCUCCUGCAUCCCGAGCUGGCAGGCGACUACACCUUCCCGCAACUGCCGGGGUCUCACCUGUCUCACCUUUCCUCGUCCACGUCCAAGUCGUCGAUGACCAAGAACGCGGCAGGAGGAGGAAAGAAAGUAGCGGCGUCGGCCAACCCGGUCCUCGAGCUCGUCAAGGCCCUGAUGCAGGUCCUGUCACUAGACAAGAACAUCACGCUCGAAGCGCGGCUGCUGCGCAAGGAACUCCUGGCCAUGUUCGACGUGCGCGAGUUCAGCAAGGACGGCGCGUUCCAGAACCCGUCUGAGAGCCUGCGGUUGGCGCAGUUUAGUUGCGACAAUUGCACCAUGGCUAGGGACAUUGAUCUCUGUCGGGACGAGGAUUUCAUGGGUUCUUCUGCUGCUGCUGCUGCAUCGGACGCCCUAGGAGGAGGAGGAGGAGGAGCGGCGGAGUUGGACGGAGGACAGCAAGGACAAGGACAAGGACAAGAAAAAGGAAGGUGGAAGUGCCCCUACUGCGAAAUGGACUACGACCGCAACGAGAUCGAGGAGAGGCUGGUGGCAGAGGUGGAGGCCAUGGUGGUGGAGUGGACGACGCAGGACCUCAAGUGCGGCAGGUGCGGCGCGCUGAGGGUGAACGAGUUCAUGGAGCAUUGCACGUGCUCGGGCGAGUGGAGGGAGCUGGUCAAGCGGGAGGAGGUGAUGAGACGGCUGAAGGUGUAUAGGAAUGUGGCGAGGUAUUAUGGGUUGAGGAUGUUGGGGGAUGUGGUGGAGGGGGUUGUUGGGGGGUUGUGA